UACGAUUAUCAAUCCGAUUUGCAAGGUGGCGCGCCCCGAUUCUGUCCUCCCUAACAUAUACGGUUCGCCACACAAUGGAAGGUAUAUUGCCGUCAAGGAUGAAGCAAUCCAUCCGCAUAUUCACAUGUUCUAGCCAAAGCAGAUUGGUGGGCAACAUCUUGCGCACAAAACGGGCCUUCCACGAUACUUCAAGUACGUUCUAAUCAAGUUGUUGAUGAAGGACUAACAGGAUUAGUCUCACGAAGUUGACGGUAUUUUCCGGUCGGGUGUUACUGAUAUGUGAAGCCGUGACCGGGCAAUGUACAAUGGCUCGUAAUAAGGAUAUUACUCGGAUGGGUGGGGUCCGCGGGUUCGAACAAGAGCGAGAACUAGAGGCGUGCAAACGUAUUGACUCUAAACGCUAAGCAUCGCGCCGGUGUAUUUUUGUGUAUGUUUGAUAUUGAAGACGGAUUGGGCAAGCUGAUGGCUAUUACAGAUAUGAAGGAUACACGGGCUGCCAAAGGACAAUAUUGAGAUCAUGACGAGAGCACGGGGAAGCUGAUGGUUCUCGUAUUUCUUCGGGAGAGCUUUAUGGUGUUGGUAGAAGAGAAGCACUUGCCGGGGAGGUCAAUAGCAGGCAGGCGUUGGUGGCAACGUGAAUCGAACCACGAUACAUGCCAGAAACGGGUAUGUGAAUGGCCCAAAAAGGAAGGUGAGAAGCGUUGUGGCACUUUGAUCAGGACAAGUGCACGUCGCUGGCUGCCAUUUUUGUGAUUUAUGCGUGCAGGAUCGGUCAGAAGCAUCCCCUUCCUGGUCUGCUUUAUAGUCUUGGGUGUCGCUCACCGUCUGGGUUGUCUCCCGACCACCACCAUCUCCCGUCUUGUUGUCUAGCAUGUCUUUCUCCUCAGACAUCUCCCGCUCUCCGCCCUUUUCCCUUUCCGAUUUUCAGCAUCUCGUCUCUACCGCUUUCGACCUGCCUCCCAACGACGUGACUUCACGCGAUCACCACACUCCUUCUCUCAAUCCCUCUUUCGCUGAACCUUCUUUUACACAGAGCGUAGACUCUCAUGGGCCUAUCAGUCCCAGUCCGCGUCCUGCAUCUUCUUUCUCUCACCUUCGUUCGUCUUCCAGGACUGAUCGUCCUCGCACUCCUUUUGGUAUCUUCAAAUCUAUUCGCACUCGCGCGUCUGCUCUCCUUCGUCCCACCGCUCCUUUACCUUCUCUUCCGCCUGCUAUUACUCUCACCCCUUCUUCGCGUCCCUCCACAGCUCGAACUGCCCGUCCCUCGGUCUCUUCCCAGCGCACUGCCAUUCUGCCUCUCACUCAGGUUGAUUCCAAUUUUUCUCGUCCACGAACACACUCGCUUCCAAAGUCCUUUCUCAGGCUGCCAAAGCGUGACAUCCCUCCACCCCUGCCGUUAAAGCCAGAAAAUUAUGCGUCAUUCUUUGACGAUUCUGACUACAACGGGACCGCAGUCUACCCUCGUUCGCACUCUUCAAUGUCGCGCGAUCGUCUCCACAUCCACACCCGUCUCCCUCCUUUGCGAAAAGCGAGGCCUCAAGUACCUUCUUUCUUUAGCAAGCACUCCUCCAAGUCCAACGCAGACGACGCAGACUGUGCACCACGCUCAUCUUACAUAUUUGGCCAGUCGCUCAACGAUCUCGACUACAACUUUGAGGAUCCUCGUUGUCCUUCUCCCUUCACCUCGCCUAGGGAUGCUCCUCAACCCCCUCCAAUGCUCGAGGACGAGUUGCAGGUACCAGCUUAUGUGUUCGAUCGUCGCGGCAGUGAUACGUCCACAACCACCACUUCAAGUGUCAGAACGACCUCGACUUUGGCAGAGAGGUUUUCGAACGCAUUCCCAGUUUCUUUUUCUCUUCCAUUCGCCUCCAAGUCUCGUUCUAAACUCCAUCUCUCUAUCGCAUCUUCGUCACCAUCCACUGCGUCAAGUCACUCGACAUCAUACGGAACCCCCAUCACACCGCUUUCGCCUAGCUUCCAAAGCACGUAUACUUUUCCUAUGGCGGCCGAGAUAGGUCAAGUUGGAGCCAGCUAUGGCAUCAUCAUUGAGAACAACACUAGUCGGGCCAGUUUCGCGGAGACCCAACAAGAGGCCCUUGCAAUCGGACGCGUCCUCACACCAGAGCAAGAUCCAUUCGCAAAACCUGACAUUGAUGUUGAGGAUACGACGCUCAAGCCUCUCCUGUCGCUUGAUGACAUGGGACGGAAGCGUUAUAGCGGCAGGAGCUCAAGGAGAGGGUCUGCACAGAGUGAAUUCGUUCCCCGACGGCACUCGAAGAUGGACCGUCCCUAUUACACUCCUCCUCACAGCCGAAGUUUGGGUCCGUGCAACUUCCCAUAUGCCACUAUCUCACCAACAUAUACCUUCCCUUCGUCUUGCGAUGUAUACCCCGCUGACAUUUCUGAUGCGUCUUUUGCUGUUCCGCCUUCGCCUUCCAGGAGCGUAAGGAGCACAUUGAGCCAGGCGGAUCGUAAUCACCCUCCCUCCGCAUGGUCAACUUAUUCGUCCCCCAUCAUGGGUUGUGAUGCUUCUUUGGCGUCACAGGAGGAUGGCAGUGAGCAGGACAUCCAGAUGGCCGAUUUCCCCUUGCCACCUGCCAGUAUCUGCGGUUUACCGCUGGGUACGAAUGCAGGUCCAGCUCCGAGGCGACCUCUGCCUCACCCCCCUAUCACAUCUUUCUCUGCGUCCUUGCCUCCAUCACCUAUAACCUCACUCAACGGUUUGGGAUUGGAGUCAUUUGACGGGAGCUCGAGUGCUUUGGCUCAUCGCAUGCAUGGUCCUCAUUUACCUUUGAGGAUCGGACGCAGGGACCGCGGUUCCUUGAAAUCUCUACCACCUGUCCCUAACGUAUACGAGGUUGAGGAAUGUGAUCUUUCAUCCGGCGAAUUCUUGUUGAGAUCCUCGUCUGGCAACAGGCCAGCUUCACCUUUUACGUCGAACAGACAGUCCAGUGAUGGGAGUUCCAAGACGUGCAUAUUGCAGUCUAAUGAGUCUCGGAAUUUGACGUCAGGGCGAGACAGGGAUGGGGAAUACGAAGCGACCUUGGAUGAUUCGUGUGUCUUGGGGAAGGACUUCCUUGUUGGGCUCAGGUUGCGAGGUGUUGAGCAGCCUGAGGCAUCGUUCGCCGUAGUUGAAGAGGAACAACGGUCUUUUUUCUCGGGCUCUAGCGAGGAAAGCGUGAUAUGCACGAGUGAAGAGGAGGACAUUGACCGUAGCAUUCAGGAUCUUCUCGAUGAUAUGGUGACAGACAAUACUGUUACACCCGUCAACUUGCGAUCUCCCAGCGACCCUGUUAAAGAUAGCACUGUCCUACCCGACCACCAGGAGGACGAUGCGCUCGACACAUCCAGCUUGCUUUCCGCGUUGCCCAUCAACGACGAUGAUGAGGAUACCGUCCUGUUCCCCCGUAUGCGUUCUGACUCUUUCGACGGCAUUGACACGGAGACGGAGAACUGGGAUCGCAACACGUCGCGAUCCACGGCAUUCUUCAGUGCUCGAUCCAGCUUGUUCUCAUUCACCUCGACGAGACGCGGGUCUCCUGAUUCUUGGGGAACUGCGAGGGUGUCGAUGGAUGCGGAAUAGCGAUGUUGUCAGUGGUUUCUCGCCCUCCUUGAAUCGCUCUAGUUCUUCUACUAUCACUUUCUUUUAAGGACUUUAACUGCAUACCAUUCUAUUCUUUCACGUUGGAUACUAGGGCACGCUAGCUCAAGGUUUUCGCUUUCGCGUUUGUUUUUCAUCGCUUUCUUGGAGGCAUUACAAGUCUACGAUGUAUAAUCUGUGUAAUUUCUUUGUACUGUGGGUACUCUACUCUGUCUUUACAUAGUCGCAUUUACCUUUGGUCUCAUUUGAUGAACAUUUGAUACCCUUUACCAUUUGUGUGCGCUAUGACGCUUUGCUAUUUGUCGUGGUCCUCUCGUUUCGUAUGCUCGAGCUCUUUGAGUCUCGGUUCAGAUACCCAAUGUGCAAUAGUGAAGAAAAGCAUGUAGACAGAUCCUUGUCAUUCCUGACCCGCAGAAAUAAUAUCAUUCAUACAAGUCG